AUGGCGUUGUGGUUAGCUUGUGACUCUGGGAAAGAAAACGAGAGCAUCCUCGUGCACACAGGUCUCCUGGGAACGCCAAAUGUGAAGAAAUGGAAGAAAACAAAAAGGGUAUCAUUGGUUGGUAGUGAUUUUGAAAGUCUGGUUGAAACACCAAAAUCUCCAAAUCUGUUGACCCUAUUACUUAGAGGUGGAGGAGGUCCUUUGAAUAUGAUUGCUGAUGGCUUUUUCAAUCAUAUGCCUACUCUGGGAGUUUUGGAUUUGUCUGAAAAUCUGAACAUAACCAAAUUGCCAUCUGGCGUUUCCAACCUGAUUUCGUUACAACAUCUCAAUUUGUCAAGAACUGGUUUAAGAAAGUUGCCAAUUCAGUUAAAGGCAUGCGUAAGGCUAAAGUAUUUGGACUUGGAGCAUAUGGAUGAGCUUGUUUUUGUUCCACCGAAUCUAAUAUCAAGUUUUCCAGUGCUAAAAGUUUUGAGAACUUUAGCAUGCGGUUCUUCAGAUAGAAUUCAUUUUGAUGGUGAGGGUGCCCUGGUAGAGGAAAUUCAGGGUUUGAAAUACCUUGAAGUCUUGACGUUAAGCGUACGAAGUAGCUCUUGUUUCCAAAAAUUGUUCAGCUACCACAAAUUGGUGACCCGCAUUCGGACUCUACAGCUCUCGGAUGGCAAGAACCAAGCAAGCUUUCUAGACAUAUCAUCUUUGGUGGAUAUGAAACAUCUUGAUACCCUUUAUAUUCGGGAUACUCCUAAUUGGAAACGAUUGGAAGUUUAUUGGGCAGGACGAGCACCCAAUGAUCCCCGGGAUUUAAUGAUGAUAUAA